CUCACUUCACUACAUUCUCUCAGUGUUUAGUCUUUGUAUUAUUAUCCAUAAUGGGUGUUUUCACACAAGAAAUGGAGGUUAAUACCCCAAUUCCCCCAGAAAAGGCAUUUAAGUCCUUUGUACUUGAUUAUGAUACCCUUUUCCCCAAGGUUGUCCCUCAUGCAAUCAAGAGUGUUGAAAUCCUUGAAGGAGAUGGUGGCCCUGGAACUAUCAAGAAGAUCACCUUCGCUGAAGGCAUUGGAUUCAAUUAUGUGAAACACAAGGUUCAUACACUGAACAAAGAGAACAGGUCCUACAGCCAUAGUGUGAUCGAAGGCGAUGUUUUGAGCAACAAACUCGAGAAAAUCACUGAUGAGAACAAGUUCGAUCCAACACCGAAUGGAGGAACAAUCAUUAAGAUAACGACCAAGUUUUACAGCGUCGGUGACGCCGAGAUAACGGAAGACGAAAUGAAGAAGGUGAUCGAGAGCCGAGCCAGAGUUUACAAUGCUGUUGAAGAGUAUCUCAUCGCAAAUCCUGAUGCCUAAAACUAUAUUCGCAUAUAGCGUCAGUGCUAUGCUUUCAUGGUGUGAAUUCAAUGUUUUUGUGUGUCGUUUGUUAGCCCAAAACUGUAUUUGAUUGGGUAAUAAAACUGAUGGUCACUGGAUUUGAUCAUCUUAUUUC